AUGGCUACAGCAGGGUCCCCCUGGAUGUGGAUGCUCGGUGCUCUGAUCACAGCACUGGUUCUGGGGGUCACAGAGCCCGUUCUUGCAAAUGAUGUUGAAUCCUGUGACAACCCCUCUGCCAAGGGGUCCUCUGGAAGCAACCGGGACCUUGGAGGCAAAGCUGGGGAUGACACCAGGUCAGAUGACAGCAGUGCCCGCAUCGUGAACGGAUCGGACUGUGAGAAGGAUGCCCAGCCUUGGCAGGGCGCGCUGCUGCUGGGACCCAACAAGCUGUACUGUGGGGCUGUGCUGGUGAAUCCCCAAUGGUUGCUCACGGCUGCCCACUGCAGGAAACCCGUUUACAGAGUCCGUCUUGGCCACCACUCCUUGUCACCUCUAUAUGAGACUGGACAGCAGAUGUUUCAAGGAAUUAAAUCCAUCCCCCACCCUGGCUACUGCCACCCCAGGCACUCUAAUGACCUCAUGCUCGUCAAACUGGACAAGAAAAUCCAAAACACACAUGCAGUCAAGCCCAUCACCAUAUCUCCCCAUUGUCCCUCUGUUGGGACCCAGUGCAUGGUGUCCGGCUGGGGAACCACCAGCAGCCCCCAAAAUAACUUCCCCAAGGUCCUCCAGUGUUUGAACAUCACUGUGCUAAGUGAGGAGAGGUGCAAGAAAGCCUACCCAGGACAGAUAGACCAAACCAUGUUCUGUGCCGGCGACGAAGCAGGGAGAGACUCCUGCCAGGGUGACUCUGGGGGCCCUGUGGUUUGCAAUGGCCAACUCCAGGGCCUCGUGUCCUGGGGGGACUACCCCUGUGCACAACCCAACAGGCCAGGUGUCUACACCAAACUCUGCCAGUUCUACAAGUGGAUUAAUGACACCAUCAAGGCCAACUCAUGA